GCCCACCUAUUUUCCGAGCGCAGGAACUUCCUUUCGCAGAGAAUCUGCGUCCCCCGUGUGCGCAUGCGUAUGCUAGUUACGCAAGCGUUUUUUCGCUCCCGAAACUCCCAACCCAAUCCCAAACCCUAAUCCCCGCCCCCUUUCUCUUUCUCUCCAUCCCUAACCCUAACCAUAAAGAAGAAGAACCCUAACCUUAGAGGUUAAAGAGGAGAAGAAGAGGUAGACGUUGACAUGAUAUGGUAAUGAUUUUUCAAUGAAAUUGGAUGCUUACUUGUAUCAUGCUUCUGUGAAUUGCCUUUUUCCUUUGUUAUAGCUAAAGAUCUUUGUUUUUGGAUCACCAUGAUGAUUGGAUUUUUGGAGGGAUUUGCUGGAUAUUCUCUCUAGUGAUCAAGCCCUCUUUCGCUCUCUGUGCCUUUAUUUUCAUCUGAUUUGUCCAUUGAUCGUCGUUCCAUUCCAUCACAGGCAGAGAUGGUCGGCAGCAAUUCGGCACCAGGUUCCUCUGAUCAGGACCCACAAGCCAACCCUGAUACCAUUGUGAAUUCAAAUACUAAUCCACCAUCAGACAGCGAUGGACCAUCAAUAGAAAACCUUGCACGAAGGGUGCAAGAAUCACUCUCUCUCGGAAAGAAACAACACAAGUUCUGGGAGACCCAACCUGUUGGGCAGUUUAAGGAUGUUGGGGAUGCGAGCUUGCCUGAAGGCCCGAUUGAAUCGCCAACCCCCUUAUCAGAAGUGAAACAGGAGCCAUACAAUCUCCCGAGCCCAUAUGAGUGGGUGACAUGUGACAUUGACUUGGCAGAUACCUGCACCGAGAUCUACAAUCUUCUUACCAAUAACUAUGUUGAGGACGAUGAGAAUAUGUUCCGUUUCAAUUAUUCCAAGGAGUUUCUCCGAUGGGCUCUCCGCCCACCUGGUUCCUUUAGAAGCUGGCACAUCGGGGUUCGUGUCAAAGUCUCUAAAAAGUUGGUCGCAUUCAUUACGGGCGUGCCUGCAAGGAUCCGGGUUCGUGAUGACGUCGUGAAAAUGGCAGAGAUUAAUUUCCUAUGUGUUCACAAGAAGCUUCGGUCGAAGAGGCUUGCACCGGUUAUGAUUAAAGAGGUUACAAGGAGGGUGCAUUUGGAGAAUAUGUGGCACGCUGCAUACACAGCUGGGAUUGUUCUCCCGACGCCAAUCACGACUUGCCAAUACUGGCAUCGGUCAUUGAACCCAAAGAAGCUUAUUGAUGUCGGGUUUUCUAGGCUUGGGGCGCGCAUGACGAUGAGCCGUACAAUUAAGCUCUAUAAGUUGCCAGAAUCGACUGCUACUACUGGUUUUCGGAAGAUGGAGCUACGGGACGUUCCGGCAGUGACGCGGCUGCUUAGGAGCUACUUGAGCCAGUUUGUUGUGGCUCCGGAUUUUGAUGAAGAUGACGUGGAGCAUUGGCUUCUGCCUACCGAGAAUGUCGUGGAUAGUUACUUGGUUGAGAGCCCUGAGACUCAUGAAAUCACUGACUUCUGCAGCUUCUAUACCCUUCCAUCGACUAUUCUUGGGAAUCAGAAUCACUCAGCCUUGAAGGCGGCCUAUUCAUAUUAUAACGUGUCUACCCGGACGCCUUUGCUACAGCUGGUGAAUGAUAUGCUUAUUGUCGCAAAACAGAAGGACUACGAUGUCUUCAAUGCUCUAGAUGUAAUGCACAACGAGUCGGUUUUGAAGGAACUGAAAUUUGGGCCUGGAGAUGGGCAGCUUCAUUAUUAUCUGUACAAUUACCGGUUAAGACAUCCCUUGAAACCAUCAGAGCUUGGGCUUGUUCUUUUGUAGUUUGAACGCAUACAAACUUGGGGGAUGGGUUUCAUAGAGGGGUGAGCGAAGGGUCUCCAUCUAAAUGCAUUAAUCAUCCUCUCUCUUUCUGAUGUUUGGUCUUUACAUAUAAUAGGAAUUCACGAAGCUGAUCUCAUCAAAAUCCAACACUCUUUGGUAAAUGCAUGCAUUUCAUCUUUUUCAAUUUUGCCAUUUGGGCUUUUUGUGUGUAGAGAGUUCAUGAGGCUUGUUUAUGCAUAUGUGCAUUAUGAUUGGAUUUUUAAUUGAUACUUCUGAUUUUGCUUUUGUGUAUUGACUUUGAUUAUGGAGUUGCUUAGUUUCAUCAUGGUUGACGUUCCUCUUCCCUUUUA